AUGGAAGAAGAUACAUCAGUCUCUGAGCUGCUGCGCAAAAGAGAAGAAUUGUUAAGAUUAUUACAAGAGGAAGAUGAAGAUGUUGAUUAUGAAGUUUCAGAUGGAGAAUCGGAGGAGGAAAAUGAUGGAAAAGAGGAGAAGGAGAUGGAGAAUAAAUAUGAGACAGAUGAACCUCGCCCUCCUUCCGUCAAGCGUGCUCGACUGGAUGAUGCUGAAGAAGAGAAAAUCACUGGCAAAGCCAAAAUGGUACCUGUCCGUUUAAAAAUGCUUCCGCCUCAGUAUCUACGGGUAAUGAGUGAGUCAUCUGGAUCAUGCUCACAAAAAGCGGUGGAGGACGAUCAAGAAAUGCUUGAUGAUGAAGACGGGGACGGAGAAGAAUUGGAUGUUCAUGAAAUUCUUGAAGAAGCCGUGGAUAAAAUAAAAAAGGAAGCUGCUGACGCGGAUUCAGCUCGCAUUGUGUAA